AUGGCGCGAACAUCAGGCCGGGGCGGAAGGCCGAGUACUGGCUCAAGAGGAGGGAAAACAACGCCCCGUGGAGGCAAAACAACAGGCGGAAAGGCGCCCAGGAGGAGUAGCGGAGCGGCAACUGCAGGUACGCCUUGACUUGCCUAUCUGGAGAAAUACGAUGCGCGCCUUCACGCUCACGUAGAUGUGAUUGUGUAAGACGGAAGGCUAACUGGUCGCAGCAGCAAGUCCGCGUAAGAAGCGAAGGUACCGACCCGGUACAAAAGCUCUCAAGGAGAUCCGAACAUAUCAAAAGUCGACGGACCUCCUUAUGGCCAAACUGCCCUUCUCUCGACUGGUACGCGACCACUGGUCCAUGACAUGACAUGCAACAUGCGAGGCGCUCACUAAUGCAUUGCUUGACAGGUCCGUGAAAUUUCUAUGAACAUGGCACCAGUCAGCUCCGGCGUCACCAGAUGGCAAUCACAAGCCAUCCAAGCCUUACAAGAAGCUGCAGAAGCCUUUCUGGUGCAUCUGUUUGAGGACUCGAACCUCUGCGCCAUCCAUGCGAAACGCGUGACGAUCAUGCAGAAGGAUAUUCAAUUAGCCCGGCGGAUACGCGGUGCUUGGGGAGGUCUUGGUUGA